AUGUACUACGCUGAAGAUCCUCUGACUCCUUACCUACUCAAAGGAAAGUAUACCUGGUCAUUUGAACAAAAGCUGCACAUCCUAGUGCUUGAUGUAAACCAUGACAAGGUUUGUAUCAAACGGCCGAACAACGUCCAAGAAAAUUCGCUCUUUGUCAUGAAUCGUUCUAAAUUGAAAAACGAGGCCGACUGGCUUAUGACCGAUCUAGGAGCAUUCGACAAUCGGGGAUCAAAUGCCUGGAGCUUUGUUGUCCAAGGCAACACGGUUGUCGAGAGCCAAUUUGUUCGCAACUGGAAGACUUUGGAAAUGACAAAGGGACAAUACAUAUUAAAGAAUGUUUUUUAUCGGCACAAGAAGUACAAGGACUUCUUGAGGACAUCAACAGUGGUAUUGGACCACAAUGGGAAAGAAUUGCCUCUUGCUUUGCUCGAAUACCGGUACACCGGUAACGAGCACCACGUUAGUCCGCACAAGAAUCCACGCACCGGCAAGUCUUUUGUGCAAACUGCACCUUCAACUAAAGCAAAAAUCAAAGAAAAAGUGAAGGGACACCAGGGUCCUUCGUCGAUAUUUGAUCAAACCGUUGAAGAGGACAGUAGGUUAGAAAAAAUUAGAUAUGUUGGUGGUGAUAGGGAUAAAGCCCAGCAGGGAUUCAUAUCACCUCUAAAAGGGUGCACUUUUCUACCUUGUAAAAAACACGUGGUUGAUGACAUCACUAGAAAAGUGAACGAACUGGGCCUUAAUAAGGCCUGCAAUGAGAUUCUAAAGGAUAUUUUUGGCUGCGAGAGAAACAAGGAAAAAGGGAUUGUUGACACUACAUCUGACGAUGAAUUCCUUGCUAAAGCUAUGAGCGUAACUGACAAGUGGGACGGUAUGGAAAUCGAGAAAAAGAAAACGGACAGCCCGGAAUUUUCGCACUAUUUUCGUACAUACAUUCAAGAAGACCUAAAGAAUGGCAUGCUUCUUGGUGCUAGAAGAAAAGCUGGUCUUGGAGAUGAGUUUUUCUAUAACAAUGCCCAGGAAUGCAGCAAUUUUAAAUACAAAUCAAAGAUCCGCGAAAGCAAAUUUGAAAAUGCCACUGGGUACAGACCCAGUAUGAAAUGUACAUGGGUCGAAGCUAUAAAGAUCUAUGGUAGUAUGGUUGAGGAAGUAAACAGAGAGAAGGAACGAGCUUUGUUGAGGAAAGGACAAUUUUUGCUGUCUCCCAAUUACAGGCACCUGGAGAUAACGAUUCAACAGUGGUCCUCGAUGACACCCAACGAGAGGCAGCAACGACUUGCAAAGCUGUCUCUAAAGUCUUGCGCCACUCCAUUUACGGUAGAGAGCAAGGAGAAGCAUGCUACCCCAUUAGGAAAGUUUGAAGAUACGAGUCUACCAGAAUUCUUGAGAGGUUCUUUUAUGAACGCGUCCAAGAUUGUUGAACUGAAAGGAGUAGGUCCUUUCCCAAAUAACACAAAUAAAAGGACGGUGAUUUCUCUUUCAAAAUCCACAGUUCACACUGUUGAUAUUCAAAAAAGUGGGAAAGUUGUAUGCAAUGACACCUGCCCCCGGUACAAAGAACAUGCCAUCUGUGCACACACGAUUGCCGUUGCACGCUGUGUKGGAAAGCUCUUGCAUUUUCUGGACUCAUAUAAAGCCCCUCUUGACCGCAUGGUUCGCUCGUCCAUUUCAAGCGGGUCCGGGAUGAAAGCGAACCAGAAAAAACGAAAACGAGUGAGGGGAGCCGACAAGAUACUAUGGCGUUAUAUUCCCGACAAAAUUCAACCUCAGGUCUUCAACAUUCUAAUAAAGAAUUUAGUGUUUCACUUACAAUGCAAUAUUGUUAGUUGCUUUUCCGACAUUGAAGAUUUCGAUUUCAACUUAGCUGUAAUCUCGUCCAACAUUCGAGUUCCACGAUUGAACAUUCGUUAA